CAAACGCAGUGAACGGCGCACAUAAAGUGUCUAUUAAUUCGGCUUCUGCUCAACUGUACUAGAUAAACUAAUUGCCAUUUGCAAUAACAUCAUUAAGCUAACCUUUUAUCUUAAACGCCGCUCCAUUUAAAACAACUAUACCAGCAUCAUGUCGAGCGUGCCAAAGAGACAGAAGUUGGAUGCUGUCGGAGAUGGAAAUACAUCUGCCGGUCCCAACGAGGAGGAGUCGGAGGCGCUGGAACAAAUCGAUGCCUGUCAAAACGAGAUUGACGCGUUAAACGAGAAAGCCAGCGAGGAGAUACUGAAAGUAGAGCAGAAAUAUAACAAACUACGUAAACCGUGCUACGAAAAACGGAGCGAGCUCGUCAAACGGAUCCCCAACUUCUGGGUGACUUCUUUCAUCAACCACCCGCAAGUAUCAGGCAUUCUGGACGAAGAAGAGGAAGAGUGUCUGCAUGCGCUAAACAAACUGGAGGUUGAGGAAUUCGAAGACAUAAAAUCUGGAUACCGCAUAAAUUUCCACUUCGAUGAAAAUCCAUAUUUUGAAAACAAGAUUCUCACCAAAGAGUUUCAUUUGAAUUCAGCGGCUGCCUCCGAGAAUGGUGAUUGGCCCGCGUCAACUAGCACGCCCAUUCAAUGGAAGGAGGGGAAGAAUUUACUUAAACAGUUGCUAACAAAACCUUACGGCAACAAGAAGAAAAGGAAUUCCGAUUAUAAGACAUUCUUUGAUUGGUUUUCGGACAAUGCUGACCCCGUCAACGACGAGAUAGCUGAACUGAUAAAGGAUGAUCUUUGGCCAAAUCCACUGCAGUAUUAUCUCGUACCUGAUAUUGAGGUGGAACCCGAAGAAGAAGAUGAAAACGAUGACAACGAAGAGGAGACAUUUGAGGAUGAUGAUGGAGAAGAUGAGGGCGAUGAAGACCUCGACGAUGAAGAUGACAAGUAAAACCUUCAAUCAAUAUGUGCGCAAUUUGAAUAUUUUAACUGAUUUCCAAAUGUGCUAACCACUUAUAACUAUUAUUUUCCGUAUGGUUAUGUCGGGACGGGAUUAUAAAGACGCUUACAUUAUUUCAAAUGUUGCGUGACAAUUGCAAAAACACAUUUUUAGGCAGUUACACCGUUAUGUUAUAAGUAAAAUCAAUAUGUAUUUCCGAAAAACCCAUCUACAAAACAUCAGUUUUUUAAAAUACGAAUAAAGACGUGAAUCUGAAAA